UUUAAAGAACUUGGAUUUUCCAACUACGCUAAAGAUUACAACCAUGUGUUAUUUUAUAUGAGCCUAACGAUUCCAGUUAUAUUAUUAUCAGUCGUUGUAGUGGAGAGAACUCAUAAUGGUUUUCAUACGAAAUAACAUAACCUCUGUGGUUGUAUUUGUUGUAUUAAGUUUCGAGUUUGCGACAUGUCAAAAGUAUGUUGUUGUUAAAGAGCCGGCUAACUGGUUUCAAUCACUUAUCAACUGCAAAAGUGCUGGCAUGGAACUUGCCAGUGUAAAUUCGAAAGAGGAGACCAAUAGACUACAGAAAUUUUUGACAGAUAACGGAUACAAGGCUGGAUACUGGUUAGCCGGUACAAAAUUAGGAGAUGGGCAGUAUUAUUGGGCUACGACAGGGGCUAAAGUCGUGUACACGAAUUGGCUUGUAGGUCAGCCUGACGAUGCCAAAAUGGACUACAAUAACAACGAAGGGGAGCACUGUAUUCAAUUGGGUAUGCCCACGUACAGUCCUGAGCCAAACGGAUGGAACGAUGUAGGAUGUCACUCGCAUCUGCCCUACAUCUGUCAGUCCAGUGAAAUUUGCUAUGAAUCGAAUGACAUUUUGUGAUAAAAUUUAUAAAAUUCUAAAGCCAUUAUUAUAAAUAAUGUAUAUUAGACAUGUAGUUAUAGGUUUGCAUUAUAGUUCUUUUAUUCUAGUCUUAAAUAUUUUUUUUAGAUAUAUGGGUAGUAUUUUAUAAUUUGUAUAUUUGUAAUUAAAUGUCAGCCUCAUAAAAAUAAAGAAGCAUAAAU